UGUAAAAAAAAAAAAAAAAAGGGAAACAAAACACCGAAACCGAGAGGGAGGGAGGAUUUCAUUUGGAUUUUGGGGCCCUAGCCUCGGAAACCGACGUAAAACGUAAUUCUGAGCUCAGAAAUUUGCUGAUCUCAAUGGCUAACCGAUCGAUUCUUGUGGUGGAGGAUAUCAAUUGCUCUAUUGAAUUGCAGGAUAGGCUUGAGCGAGCCAGGGCUGUAAAUCCUCGUCCCCCAUUUUCAUCCCUUUAAAUUUUUAAUCAAGAAGAGCAGGAGAAAAGAUGGCUGUGGGUAAAUUGGUUUUAUGUUUACAUCUUUGCUGGAUCACACCGUCCUGAACAUCUAUUUGAAACUGUGCAGGAAAAAAAAACUUAUAAAUUGUCAAAUUUUCUUCGACCCCCGAUUUGGGUUUGUAUAGACUAGAGAACUUCAAACCUAUAGGAUUCGAUUUACUAUCAGAGAAAGCCUUAGUUUAAUGCUCUGAUUGUUGGCUUUAUAUUUCCUAAAUUUUCCGAUAACCCACCCCCCGGCGAUCGUUCUCUCUCUCUCUCUCUCUCACCGAUACCUUUGGCUCCUAGCCACUCUUCAUCUGCCGAUCGAAGCUUCGUUGCUCAUGGCCCUCGUCUUCAUCACUCUGUUUCGCUCCGCGAGUCGUACAUACAGCCUCUCCGUCGUCGACUUCAAACCCAAAGAUCAAAUCAAGAUUUGAACCCGAGACCUAGACAGCCGGCCACAACACUGUACUACGACAGAAUGGCAGCCAUAGUUUGUUUAGCAAACGAGAACCAGUUGGUUCAAGCAAUAUGCGCAAUUGUAGUAAAGGGUCAUUGGAAUAACCUCUUAAAACCCAAGAUUAGUUCCACUCUCACUUCAACCGCCACCCACCAGGUACUCCUGCAGCUCUCCCUUUAUAGUUGUGGUCCUUCCCUUCUUUCUUGGGCAUUUUUCAAGUGGGUUGAAUCAGUUCCCAACUAUAAGCACUCUUUGCAAUGUUCAUGGACUAUGAUUCACAUCCUCACCAAGCACAAGCACUUCAAAACUGCACAAGACUUGCUUGAGAAAAUUGCGCGUAAGGAUUUUCUGUCGUCGCCAUCAGUUUUGAAUGCUCUAGUGAAAGAUUACGAUGACCUGGAUGCGAAUUCGCACGUUUUGAGCUGGCUUGUGAUAUCUUACGGCAGGUUGAAGAUGACCCAGGAUGCAAUACAAGUUUUUGAGCACAUGAGGGCACAUAGGUUUCAGCCUCAUUUGCAUGCUUGUACUGUGCUUUUGAACUGUUUGAUUAAGGAUAGGAUGACUCAUAUGGUUUGGAAAGUUUACAAGAAGAUGCUUCGGAUGGGGGUUGUUCCCAAUAUACACAUUUAUAAUGUGUUAAUUCAUGCUUGUUGCAAGUCUGGGGAUGUGGAGAAUGCAGAAAAUUUUUUGAGUGAGAUGGAAUUGAAGUGUGUUUUUCCUGACAUUUAUACCUAUAAUACAUUGAUCUCAUUAUAUUGCAAGAGGAGCAUGCACUAUGAGGCUUUGGCUGUACAGGAUAGAAUGGAAAGAGGAGGAGUGAGUCCUGAUAUCAUAACUUUUAAUUCUCUUAUUUAUGGGUUGGCGAGGGAAGGUAGAAUGAGAGAGGCUGUAAGGCUUUUCCAUGACAUUAAAGAUGCUACUCCUAAUAAUGUAACAUACACUACAUUAAUUGAUGGGUAUCUCAGAGUAAAUGACCUUGAAGAAGCUUUAAGAUUGCGCAAGGUGAUGGAGGCUACGGGGUUGUACCCUGGAGUUGUUACAUAUAAUACAAUUCUCCGCAAGUUGUGUGAGGAUGGCAGGAUAAGGGAUGCUAAUAAGCUCUUGAAUGAGAUGAGUGAGAGAAAAGUUGAACCGGACACUGUUACAUGUAACACACUGAUCAAUGCUUACUGCAAGAUAGGAGAUAUGAGGUCUGCAUUGAAAGUGAAGAACAAGAUGUUGGAGGGUGGACUAAAGCUGGACCAGUUUACUUACAAAGCGUUGAUUCAUGGAUUUUGCAAAGUGCAGGAGAUGAACAGUGCUAAAGAGCUCUUGUCUCGCAUGCUUGAUGCAGGGUUUUCUCCAAGUUACUGCACAUACUCUUGGAUUGUAGACAGUUAUUGCAACCAAGAGAAUGAAGAUGAGGUGAUAAGACUCCUGGAUGAGCUGGUGAAAAGAGGUCUGUGUGUUGAUGUCUCAGUGUACAGGGCACUGAUAAGAAGGUUAUGCAGGAGAGAAAGGGUUGACUGUGCUGAAAAAAUAUUUGUUCUUAUGCAAGGGAAGGGUAUAUUGGGAGACAGUGUUGUAUACACUAGUCUGGCAUAUGCUUGCUUGAAAGCUGGGAAGGCAAACGUAGCUUCCAAAAUGUUAGAUGAAAUGGCUAGAAGGAGGUUGAUGAUAACACUUAAGAUAUAUAAAUCUUUCAAUGCUUCUAGUGCUGGUGACAACAAUAUCUUACCUCUCUUUUGGGAUCAUGUGGUUGAGAGAGGGUUAAUGUCCAAAAAUAUUAUUAAAGAAAUGCGGCAGAUGAGUGUAGCUUUGUGAAGGAACCUCGGAGGUGUUUAUGUAUUGAAGACAACUUUUUUUCAUCCCAGAAAAGAUGGUAACAGAAACCUCUCCUGGUUCCAGCCUGUUGUAAUAUCUGUUGACUGGACACCCUGAUAACUGGUCUCUAUAAUGUUUGCCCGCCAAGCAUCAUUGUGGAGAACCUAAUAUGAUGAAGGUUAUCAUUUUGAGGAAUGCAAAUACGCUUGCCAUCCAGAAUUUCUAUGCUUCCUCAUCUCUUGUUGGCAGACACGUACUGGAGUUUAUUUCCAAAUUUCAACAGUAAUUUCUUCAUCAUCACAGAACCAUCUUAGGCCAACUCUCUUUGCCAUCAGUUUGAGCUCUUUAGUCAAGGAAGCAACCGCUUAUUCUUUAACGUUGCAGGCAAAGCUAGGCAAAACGUGAUUUUAGUAUUCUCCAAGUUGACAUGGAACACCAUCCAAUUCAGCUGUGAUAUCAACCUCAUUUUGGUAUUCUCUAAGUUGCCUCUUGGAUUGCUUUCUUAUUGAAGGUGCUGCAAAUAAUGGCCAUUGCCAGUUUAGUAAUGAGGUGACGGAGAAAAGAUUUGCUACCUCCUAAGAUGCAAGCAUCUUCCUCCUAGGGCACUGUAAAGGAAGAGGCAAGUGAACUUAUGGAGAAUUUGGGAAAAUCUGCGUCCAAUCUAGAUCACAGGACAUGGGCUUCUUUCAUAGAGGUGCACUGAGUAACUGGUGAUCUUGAUAAGGCUUAUGAUUGUUUCCAAAAUAUGGUUGAAAAAGAGGGAGUCUCUUCUUCUGGUUAUGCAUUCAACAUUUUGGUAAAUUCGUUUUGCCAAAAGGAUAGGGCAGGGCAAUAGACGCAUGCAAGCAUCUGGUUGAUCUGGUCAGUGUAAAACGGUUAAAACCUUGGCAUACUACAUAUAAACAGUUGAUAAGUAAGUUGCUGGUUCCGGGUGAGUUUAAAGAUGCUUUAAAUCUUUUGGGUUUGAUGAAAAAUCAAGGGUUUCCGCCUUAUGCGAUUGUCUUUCUGAAGCACUUCAAAGAGGUAUCCAGCAACAUCUUGUUUGAAGCCUUCUUCAAGGCUGGCAUACCGAAGCCGAAAAUUUCCUUUCCAAAUGCACAGGUCACAUUCGCAACCAAGCAGAUGUCUUGAAUCUCUUCCAUUCCUCUCAGCCCAGAAAAGGUGCGUCUAUGGCUAAUGUGGCUGCUUAGGCAUUGUUGGGCUGUAUUUUGUGAUUUUAUCAUGUGAGGAUAAUGUAGCAUGGUAUUUCUUCAAGAAAUUUUGGUAUGCAUAUUUUCUUUUCUCUUCUAAUCAGAAAUUAUUGAAGAUUGGGACAUGAUAAGCAUUUUAGCAGUUAAUAUUCAUGCUGUUUUGAUAAAAACAAAAAAUAUAAUGCAUGAUGUUUGAUUUA